GUUUAAGUAAAAAAAUUGAUAAUAAAAUAAAUAGUUUAAAAUCUUCUUCAAAACAUCGAUUGAAGCAUAAUGCCAGUACUUACCACGAGUCAUUACAACGGAUAGGUGGUGGCGAUGCUUGCUAUAAUCAUUACCAACAACAGUGGUUCAGUAGUAGUUUAGAGCGAUUAAAAUUAGAAGACAAAUCACGUGAAGAACGCUUAGAAAUUACAAGGUACGAACUGCAAAGGCACUUGAAACAAAUUUUACGGAGUAAUCUGGGAAGGUGGGAUCUUCACGUUGACAAUUUGUCGAAUAGGCGGACAUGUAGUUCACACCAAGUGUGUCAUACGAAUUUGGGAUAUAAUAAAUUAGUGUCGCCGCGUUACUGUUGUGUUGAUAAAUGUUGUCGACAGGCGUUGCCCUGUUCAAAGUAUUGCACGCUGCAUAUCAUGAGUAAUUCUGAUCAAGUUCUCUUCAAUUACUGUACAGCUAAGUUUGCCGAUAAUACGCAAUGCUCCGUUCCAGUUUUGGAUAUCACUCAUGAACUUCCAUUAUGUACAGAACACGCAAGGAAAAGGGAUAAUUAUAGGAUGUUCCAAGAAACAAAACCAAAGAAAUUACGUAAAAAAGUCAAACCUUCCGCAAUGAUACGUUCACAAAAACGCAACAAAAAGAAAAAACGGCCUCUUAAAACGAUAGAUGGUGUUCACUUCAAAUGUAAGUUAGAACCGGUGUCCAAUUCUGUGGUAUCAGAAGAACGGACGGAGAUUGCUAGUGGUGAUAUCGUCGAGCAUGCACUUUCGUUGCAAGAAUCUGACGGUUUGGAGUUGGUAUCUGUAGAGCAAGUACUUGUGAAUCAGGCUUCAAACCUGUUGGAGGAGAGCGAAAUUAAUAAUGUUUUAAGUACGAUUCAAGCAGAUGAGUUUAACGAUUUCUUUGCCGUGGAUCGUAACGGAGAAUACGAUGAACCCACCAGAGAAGAAACGGAAGAAUUGGAGAGAGCGCUGGCGGCAGUAGAUAAUGAUGUAAAGUCGUUAGAAAAGCUAACUCAGUCUCGUGGCUUGUUAGAUUCGUUUUUAGAAGAAGAUACAUUGGUAGAAUCCUUGGUACAAAUUCCUGACGUCUUUCACAAUGGUUAUUCCUCAUGUGGAGAUAACAUAAUAACACAAACCUCAAGAUUUCUUUCGGUGGAACCACAUUCGCAAUCUUAAUACUUGUAUUAUAUUUUAGCAUUGUACAAAGGUGUUAUAUAUAUAAUAGUGUAAAUUAUAAGUUAUUUUCUUUUUUGUACUGUUAAAGACUGUUUCAGAAAAAGUGUUUUAGGAAUAUUUUCUUUUAGAUGUGUAAAUAAUAAAAAAAGUGUUUCGGUAGUAA